CGGAUUUCGAAGAAGAGACAAAUGGUUUUGUACUAGAUUUAAGAAAUAAAUGUCUAAAAUCAAUUGAAAUACCAAAUAAUGUGGAGCCUAUUACUGGAUUGAUAUGUGAUGACAAUGAUAUUACAAGAAUAGAGAGCAUGGAACAACACCCCUAUCUUGAACAGGUUUCACUGGCUAAUAAUCACAUUGUUCGUAUGAAUGGAAUUUCUGUGGUGAAGAAACUAAAUGUUUUAAAUCUAGCGAACAAUAGUAUAGUGAAUAUUGAAGGUUUAGAAGAGCUAGUUUAUUUAACAUGGUUAGAUUUAUCAGGUAAUAGCAUCAAGAUUAUUUCCCACUUACAACAUAAUACACAACUACGGCAUUUAGAUUUAUCAGAUAAUAAUAUAGAAGUUAUUACAGAUUUAUCUCCCCUUAUAUGUUUACAGACCUUACUAUUACAUGGUAAUAUAUUAAACAGUUUAAAGCCUGUACCAGCCUGUCUACCAGCCAGUUUAGCUGUUUUAUCAUUAGAGUCUAAUGAAAUACAUGAUUUAACUGAGAUUUCCUAUUUAAGUUGUUUGGAAAAUUUAGAACAAUUAUCAAUUGCCAGGAACCCUUGUGAAUCAUUUGACUUAACUUAUAUCACAUUGUUUGACUAUCGAGCUUAUAUAAUCAACUGGUGUUUUAGAUUAAAGAUAUUAGAUGGUUAUGGUAUUUCUCAGAAAGAAAAAUUAUUGGCUGAAUGGUUGUAUAGUCAAGGUGAAGGUCGACAUUAUAGAGUGGGUGAACAUUAUCAACUUCUGCAAUAUUUAUCAACUGUUUGUCCUUUAUCAGAGGAGUUAAGAACAGAAGAAGAUGCUAAGUUAAGUCGAAUAUUAAAUAAACAGAGAUAUCAUCAUGAUCAGCUAUUACGACAAAAUGAACCAAUUAAAGCUCAUAUAUUAAACAGAAGUCACUCACAUACAGGUAACUAA